AUGCAGACGUUAUUUUGGCCGAGUUUGAUCAUCGGGUUCCUGAUUCAAAGGGGCUCUGCACGACUCUUGGACGACAACUGCAAAACCUCAACGGGAAUGAGAAUUUCGAAUGGCGAAAACGCUGAACUGGAGGCUGCUGCUUGGAUGGCAGGCGUAAGUAAUGAAACACAUUUUUUAUGUGGCGGCACUGUGAUUCACAAACGAUUUGUUUUGACGGCCGCUCAUUGCAUUAAAGAUAAAGGCAAAUUAUACGUGAGAUUGGGAGCGUACAACCUAGCGCUCCAUGUCGUAGAGUACAGUGUCAGCUAUGCGGUGUUUCACAGGGAAUACUCUUACGAAACGGGCCAAAAUGAUAUUGGCCUUCUUCAACUACCUCUCGAUAUUGUGUUUACUGGUAAGUCUUAA